GCGUCCGGGCCUCUCAUCAUCGGCGCUCCCUCUCCCCGGCCGUCACAGCCGCGGUGUCCAGCGCCCUCGCGGCGCACCCGGGGCCCUUCCGCUGCGUCCACCUCACCUGCAGCACCAUGGACGAGCACCGAGGCGAGAUGGCGCGCUGGAUCGACACCCUCGUCGCCAAGGGGGUCCAAGAUCUCGUCUUUGUCAACCGCCCUUGGCCGAUGGACCUGCGCCUCCCCGCCACGCUCUUCAGCUGCGCCUCCCUCACCCGCCUCUAUCUCGGCGUCUGGACACUUCCAGGCACCGCCGCCGUGCCGCGCGGCGCCAGCUUCCCCAAUCUCCGGGAGCUCGGCCUGUGCAUGACUGUCAUGGAGGAGCGUGCUCUGGCCUUCUUGCUGGAAAGAAGCCCCGUCCUGGAGUUCCUCCUCAUCAUGUGGAGCCAGACCGGAGCGCGCCUCCGACUCGUCAGCCACAGCCUGCGGUGUCUUCAGCUGGGCUAUACCCACUUGGAGGACAUCGAAGUGGUGGAUGCCCCUCGCCUGGAGAGGCUCUUCCUGCGAAAUGUAUCCUUGCCUGGAACCGGCAAGUUCACCAUAAACAGCCCUUCCAGGAUCAAGAUUGGCGGUGCACCCAACCUGCGUGUGCUGGGAUACAUUCAGCCAGGACAGACAGAGCUGGGGAUUAGCAACACCGACAUCGUGGCUGGGAGCAAGGAGAACAUUGUCCUUAGUGUCCAGAUUUUGGCCAUAGACGUGCAGUUCGGUAUCCGCAAUGCUGUGAAAAAAGUGCCCGGCUUUCUCCGCUGUUUCCCCAACCUGGAGACGCUCCAUGUCUAUUCCCCUCCCAUAUCUGAAAAGUCCACCGGCAAGGUCAAUCUGAAGUUCUGGCAGGAGGGCGGUCCCAUGAAAUGCGUGGUGCAGAGCAUGAAGAAGGUGUUCUUCUACGAGUUCCAAGGGUCAAGAAGCGAGGUUGCUUUCCUCAAGUUCAUUGCGGAGAGAGGUCGGGUGCUGGAGCUGAUGGUGGUCGUGGUGGCCAAGGCAUGUUUCUCCUCGGUGGAUGAUGAUGUGAAUGUGAAGCUGAAGCCUCUGACGGGUGCGAAAUGGAGCAGCAAAGCUUGCAAACUACAGAUCAUCGAGAGCCCACGCACUGAUGUCGCAGGUCCACUCUUCAGGCACAAGAUAGCUUCUGAUUUUGGGUGGGCUGACCCUUUCGACCUCAGGUACUACAAAGAAGAAAGGAUCUCUGUAAGUUAGUUAAUACCACCAAGCCGUCCCUCUUGUACUGCAUGACUGCUAGUUCUUCAGCCAAAAAACCUGCAUUUCUCUUGGCAUGCUUUCUGGAUGUGGUGUUACAUGAUGAGGUUGUUUGUGCCAAGUCAA